GAUGGCCGACAGGAAAGUCCCACCAAUGCGCCUCGCAGUCUUUUUACUUUCAGGGCUUCACACAUUUGCACCAUGCUCAGGGGCAAAUGUCAAAAUUGGUGUUCCUGAAAACUACGAUGGCAUUUUCCCGUGGUAUCUAACUAAGAUUCACAACCUGCCAAGUAAUUAUUCUGACCUGGUGUUAACUGGAGACGAUGAGGGCAUAUUUGGAGUAGAUGCCCAGUUUCUGUAUGCAAUAAAACCACUAGACAGAGAGAAACAGCCAUCUUACUCGUUGCAGGUGUCCUUCAAACCAUCAGGCGUCAUUCAGAACAUCAGAUUGUCAGCUCAUCGACAGACGUUCACUGUGGAAGUGUUUGUCAUUGACAAGAACGACAAUGUGCCCACCUUCAUUGAAGAGAGCAUGAGAGGCAGUGUUCAGCUUGGGCUGCUCAAAGGCAUCCCAUUCAUGCGAGUGGAAGCGGUCGAUCGCGAUGACCGUAACACUGCUCAUGCUGAGCUGCGGUUCAGCAUGAUGGAGCAAACUCCCAGGAUUCCCUCUAGUCAAAUGUUCUUCAUUGACUCCAUAACUGGAGAGGUUUCCCUCACUGAGGAAGGAGCCUCUACUCUGGACCCAGAGAUGUGUGGUCGUUAUAAGCUGUCAGUGAUGGUGAAAGACAUGGCAGGCAGGACUAAUGCUUUCUUCACCUCUGGCAUUGUUACUGUUGAGGUUACUGGAAACACUUGGGCAUCGCCAGACCCUGUGCGACUUCAGGAGAAUCUUCCUGGUCCUUACCCCAUUCCCAUAUCUCAGGUCAAAUGGAGUGGAAGCCAGGCAGCGUACAGUCUGGAUGGGGAGUUUCCAGAGAUGCUCUUUACCAUCAGCAGAGAAGGUGUCAUCUAUCUAAACGCACCGCUGGACAGAGAGACACAAGACCAGUUUCACAUCAGUAUUGUGGUUGAGCGUCCAGAUGGGAGACAGAUUGCCAAGCCUGUGGAGUUGAGGGUGAUGGUCGGCGACGCCAACGAUAACAGGCCCACAUUUCCUCAGGCUCAGUACCACACUGUGGUCAAAGAAUUGGCUGCUCGGGGGACAGAAAUCCUGACAGUGCAGGCUGCCGAUAAUGAUGAUCCCAAAACAGACAACGUACGGAUCUUCUACCGCUUGGUCGGGCAAAUUCCAGAGAGUCCUCGUGCCCUUUUCAGAGUGGACAGGGACUCGGGUGUCAUUUCUGUCCAGGCAGACAGUAUGGAGGGUACAGCACCUCAAUACACCCUGACUAUCACUGCAGAGGAUGCUAAAGGUCUAAACAGUUCAUGCACAGUGGUUGUGACGGUGCAGGAUGAGAACAACAACCCACCAGUCUUCUCCCAGCAUGAGUAUGGACCCUUUCACAUCCCUGAGGAUGCUCUCGUGGGCACCACGGUCACAUCUGUGUUGGCAAGGGAUGCAGAUGUUCGAGGCGGAGACAGCUGGCAGGUGGACUACCGUUUAGAGUCUGGAAACGAGGAGGAGGUCUUUACACUGGUGACAGACCGACAGACCAAUGAAGUUUCACUCAUUCUCUCAAAGGUUUUAGACUUUGAACGUGAGAGUGAGUACAUCCUGGUGCUCAGUGCCCAGAACCAAGUUCCUCUGGUCCGGGGCCGCUACGGCCCUUUAUCCACAGCAACAGUCUCCAUUUAUGUUGACGAUGUGAACGAGGGUCCAGUCUUGUCUCAAAGCCAUUACGAAGUGACGGUCAGAGAGGGAGAGGAACCAGGCCGCGUCAUUGCCACCAUCCGGGGUUAUGACCCUGAUUCCCACCCAAUUAGAUAUUCUCUUCAAGGAGACACCAAGAAGUAUUUCUCAAUAGGGAAAUAUUCUGGUGAGCUAAAAACUGUGCAAGCAUUGGACAGAGAGGAAAACAGCACAUACACCAUGGAGGUCAUUGCAGUGGAUGGACGAAACUCUUCCUUAUCUGCAUCCACCCUGGUGACUGUCCAAAUCCUGGAUGUGAAUGACAACAGUCCAGUGCUGGUCGGAGACUAUUCCUGGAAGUACCUGUGCACGCCUCGGUGGGAAGACCAAGCUCUGGUGUUGGCAUCACGCGACAGUGACGGCCCACAACACGGAGGGCGACUCAAUUUCUCACUCCGGAGUGAUGCCACAGUGCGACGCAACUGGAAGUUAACUCCCAUUAACGAUACUCACACCAACUUGUCAUUAAACAUACCGAACCUGCCCCCUGAAGUCUACAUGGUGCCUUUCACUAUUUCUGACAGCAGCUCUCCUCCUCGGAGCACCUUCAUAAACCUGCCAGUGACAGUGUGUCCCUGCAACGUCAGAGGAAACUGCAAGAUAGCUGCCAAGCCGCUGCAGGGCAUGCCAACUAUCCAGUCUGCAGUGGGGCUUCUGCUUGGCACCUUUGCAGUCAUAGGAAUCAUCCUCAUUGUUAUUUUCGUCAGACUGUCCUAUCAAAACCCCAAAGAGCCGAGCAAAACCAGCCAGGAGAGGGUCCCACUGAAGAUAUCCAUCUAACUAUAAUUAAUAUUGUACAUAAUUACUGUCUUCACUCUAUCUGCACCAAUGUAGAAAUGUUGCUUCAAGUUCUAUUUAAUGCAUGCGGUGUGUUAACGCCAUGUUCUUGGGACAUGAUUGUAACUUAUGUUUGCCUUUUUGUCUUUUUUUUCUAUAGAGGUGUUGCUUAGCUUUGAGAUAUUUUAUAUAUUUAUGAAGCCGCACGUAUGAAAAAUAUGAAUAACAAUAAUAGAAAAAAAGUUUAAAAAAUAGAGAUUAUUCUUAAAAACAUUUAACCUUAUACAUAAAUGUAUUUCCAAAAACAGUAGGCUCGCUAGUUUGUAACUAACGUCUUACAAACACAUAGCUGAUGGAUGACGCUUUCUAAUUUGUUGUAUUUACAAUACACUGCAGAAUAAUUCAUAAAUCAAAAUAAAAAUCCUGUAAUUAGUGUAAUUUUGUAGAAUUUCACAUUUUAAUUGUAAUAAACAAUUCCAGAAGUUGCAAAUAGUGUUAUCAUUCAAUUAUAGCUUCUAAUAGCAACACUUUUGUCUUCUUUUUUAUCCGUUCUGUAUAUAAAUUUCACAGCAGACUUACCUCUUCACAGGUUCUAGUUUAUUAUUUGGAGCUGUCACUCCUUACACAUCCAAAACCUUUAAUCUAAUGAGACAGCGAGAACUCUAAAAUUACAUUAGGUGUAUGCUGUGGUCCUGGCAAUUAAGUUUUUUGUUUUUUUUUUCAAAUGCUGACCGAGACGACCUAACAGGCAGGCAGAGCUAUAUUCAGACAAAAGUGUUGCUAAAAAUAGUUCAGGAACUGAAGGUCCACUGAAUAACACUGCCCAACAAAACAAUGACCUCUCAAACAAGUGAAGCUUUGUGAAAUGAGGUUAUCAUACAUGUCCAUUAACACUGCUAUGACCACAUUUCAGUAAGGCUUGGACACUCCUUAGUAAAACACAGUAGUCAUAUUAUUAGCCCUGCUUUAGAAAAACACAAAAAGAUUCACAGUUCAUAUCCAAGCUCCAUAAAUCUGGCCUCCAUGUAACAGUGAAAGUAAAAAACGGCCCAGAAAACCAUUACUUAAAGAAACAUUUCAGAAUUGUUUGCAGUUUGCAGCAAGCUUCGAAGGGGCCACAGUAACACAGCAAAGAAAGGACUCUGGUCAGAAUAGAGCAAAAUUUACCUAUCUGCACAUUAUCCAGAACACAUAAUGUUCAUGAUCAUUGAAACAUGCUGGUGGCAACAUUAUUUGUUGGGGAUACUUCACCAAGGAAAGGGAAACUAGUAGCAAAAUAGAACAAAAUACACUCGGUGACAGAAGUAAACAAUAGGAAGCUGGAAGACUAGUAAAAACCAACGAGUGGUUGCCAGGACAAAGAUUGAAUAGAAAAAAACAGGAAAAAAAAGUAUUGUGAGACCACAAGGACAACGACAUCAUCUUCAUCAACCACAAGAAUAGAAACAGCAGCAGCAACCCUACAAAAAGAUGAGAUGCAGCAAACAAUAAUACUCAUAGCUAGGUAAAGAGUGUGCGUGUGCGCGCGUGUCGGGGUGUGUGGACUGUUGGAUAUAGCAGGGACAAUCAUGGGAGUUCUGUAAUUUUGCAAGCUGCUGUGAUGCCUGAAAACCAAUA